AUGACGAGCAGACGGAUAUCUUUGGAUAUUAGAAUAAUUCAAAAAUUUAGAAAAAUUGAUCUGUCAUAUUCUUUCCGUUUAUGUACAAGCAAAUUAGACGUUCACUCUGAAAAUACAAAAAUUAAUCACUUUAUUGGUUGUGUAGUACAAUUUUGGGAGGCUCGUUACUGCAAGAGACAUAUCCGUGGAUCGAUUCAAGUAGAACCGGGAUAUGGGGUUGGAGUUACGGUGGUUUCUCCACCGCUAUGGUGCUGGCUACUGACAGGCAAUCGGUGUUCAAAUGCGGUAUAUCAGUCGCACCUGUGACCUCCUGGAUUUAUUAUGAUUCUUUGUACACGGAGAGGUUCAUGGGGUUGCCCACCCCCGAGGAUAAUCUGUACGGCUACAACCACUCGGAUGUGACCAGGUUGGUGGAAGGGAUCCGUAGCAAAAAGUUCAUGCUGAUACAUGGUACUGGCGACGACAACGUGCACUACCAGCAAGCCAUGGCCUUGAACAAGGCUCUGGUGGACAAGGACAUCAUGUUCGAGCAACAGAGUUACACGGACGAGGCGCAUGCUUUGUCCGGCGUCUUUCCUCACCUGUACCACACCAUGGAUCGAUUUUGGGCGAAUUGUCUAGGAUACUAG